CGUGCUUAAUUUAACCAAACAAAACAAAAACGAUAAAAGCUAGAAAAAUCGAUAGCGUUUAAAAGAUAUGUGUAACUCGCGUACUUGUUUUGUGCGAUUGAAACUGACUAAGGCGUGUAAGGUUACAAUGGAGCCAGCUGCCUAUCACGCACUCCGCGUCCGCUUGUAGGGAAGAGAGUUUUUAUCUUUUGUGAAAUCUGAAACGUAAUCUCCAAGUAAAUUUCCCUUUCGCAUACUAAAAAUGAGAGAAAUGGCGGAACUGUGCGUGCUUCGCCACCUGCGGAACAUCAGACGCUAUGAGCAAUGGUGGGCUCCCUAGGCAAUGGUCUCAAGACUAGCGCUUCCAGAUGGACCUGGACCUUGUCCUGGCUUGUAAUAUCUGUGCCUGUAGUUUACUUGCUUGAGACGUGCGCGCAGCGGUGUUCGAGAUAGCCCACAUAGAGGAGGGAGCGAUCUAGCAAGAUGUACAGCAUUGUAGUUGACGCGUCUCGAUGAUGAAGGUGUGCGCCGUUUCGGUGUGUGACAACACUGGCACUUGGUGGCACCCCUUUCCCAAAAAAGGGGAUGGACUCCGAGCCAAGUGGGUUACAGCUGUUGGUCUCACAGAGGAGCAAGCCGAGGCGGAUGACCUCUUUGUGUGCUCACGACACUUCCGCCCUUUUGACUAUGCCGAGCGAGGGGUGGUGCGCAAGAUUGCGGUUCCUUCUAUGCGCCUCUCGGGACAGGAGCCGUCUCCUUCCAAGCCCAAGUUCAAGCCAAAGCCUAGCCCUAAUCCUGAUGGAGUUAAGCGGAAACGGAAGACCAGCCGUGAGCUGAUCCUCCUCGAAGCUGCUAACAACAGUGACUUGGAUCAGGACUCUCCGCAGUCGAAUAUCCGGCCUUCUCGCAAGGCUGCGCGUGUGGCCGCCCUCAAGAUCUCGGACACCGUGCGCAAGUAUGACCUGGCGGUGGCGUCCGCCGCCGAGGGCGCCGAUUCAGACGAGGACUUUGACCUGGCUGCCGAGGUGCGAGCAGAGGGGGGUCCCUUCAACAGAAUCCCCCAGGCACCCGGAGCACCGGCCCCUGGUCCCAUGCAUGGGGUCCGAUCGACGCCGUACCAUACACCGGCCAGGAGUUUUUCGGCACGCAUACUCUCUGCCAAGAAUCCUCUGAACCCGGACGUGGUGCUGCCCCUGCUGAUGGAGUGCGACUGCGAGCCCCUGUCCGUCGCCCAGAAGGAGGCGCACUCGCGAGCGGCUCGGGCGUACUCGCGGUCUGUCCGCAAGAUCACCGAGGCCAAGGCAAUGGGGGCCAAACUCAUCUACUGCUGUCCUAAGGAGUCUUACAACAUAGCUCAACCACUAAUAAGCCAGAACCAAAAGCUGGCCAAGCCAACCACGGUGAACCUGAUCUACGACGCUCGCAGCGGGAUGUUGCUGUCUGCUGGUCAAGCGCCGCUGGUGCUCAGCACAAACACAACCAAGGCGGCCGGCCCAACCAUAACAACGGUGACCCCGGCAGGAGCGUCAGGACCCUGCGUGCCGGCCGGGCAGCCAGUGGCGGUCAAGCAGGUGCAGGGACCCCCCCAGGGCACGGUGGCGGCGCGUCCGAUCCCGCUGAUCACGGGGGGCACGGCGCCAGUGACGGCCAACUCUCUGCUCAUGGUGAAGGUGAUGCCCAGCAAGCUGCUGCCGGGCAAGACGCUCCAGGAGAAGGCCCAGCAGCUGGAGGCCCAGUUCCGCAGAAUAGUGGAGGGUCGCGACCCGGUGCCCUGGCUGGUGGAGCGUGGGGUGGUCAGGACAGACUUGCCCUGCAAAUUCUGUCAGGACAAGGGGCUCGAGCUCCAGCGCGACCCUGGGGCGCUCAACGGCUACAGCUUGUGCUGCCGCCAGGCCAGGUGGGUCAAAGCCCCCUCUGGGCCCCGCCGCGCGGGCUGAAGUCCCUCCCCUUUGCGACCCUCACUAAACUGCCCGCCCGUCGGGCCUCGGGAUUGCGGUCGCGUUCCCCCACCGAGACGAAACAUAGUCGUCACGCUGCAGUCGUAUUGUUGCUGGGUGAAUGGCAACGUCCAGGUGACAUUUGCUGUUCGCCCUGCCCUGGGCAAUCACCUUGCUUCUUCUGAAGGCUCGGUGGCAUGAACCAGCUGUAGGGUUUAUUGAUAUGCCUGUCUAGGCCCUCAUGCACAGGCCAGCUUUCUGCAACACUUUCGGUUCAUUUGGGAGCAUUUGCAGAGUGUGCUGCAAUCGCACGUGCCCACGGCACCUUGAAUACUUUUGUUUUCACCGUUUCUUUUUUUUUUUCUGCAUUUCUUUUUGUUUGGGCUGUCUAAAUGAUGGAAACUCUACAUACAGACUCGUUUCUGCUUUCUUUUGUGGAUUGCAUAGACUUCUAUAAAGAAUUCAUAUCUUAUUGAGACGCUGAAAAAGUCAGUUUUCUUACUAAAAAAUUAAUUUCAAUUGGUUUUUUAGUCGGAUGUUUUGCUCUACUGCCGUAAGUCACUUGAUUCUGCAGUACAUCUGAGUUCUUUUUUUAUUAAAUAGUACUUUUCUACUAACUUAACGAGAUAUAAGAAUUGUUCAUGAGUAAACUUGUUUGUCUAUUUGUUUCUCUUUUUUUCUUUCUCAGUAGUCCUCUAUUGCUUUCAUUUGUCCGUUUCAGGCUUGCUGCCACCGCCAUUUAAAUAUUGGUUAGGCCUACCUGGGUUGCCUUUGAGGAAUUUUGAGGUUGUUGAUUUUGAGGUGUUGUGUCAACCAUCCCCAGUACCUUAGUGGACCCUCAAAUAGUUUUCAAUACAUUGCCAGCUCUAUGUGCCGCAAGCUGUGCAAAUCAAACUGUAUCACAGUAGCUUCCAUGUACUGAAGUGUACUCAAAUGUACUAGCUUAAUUUUAUGACAUAAUACCAUAAAAAGAUGAAAUCUGGGAGAGAAGAGUAACUGGUUCAUUUUUGGCAAUAGAGACAAGGUAAUAAAAUCAAAGCUUAUGGUCUACUGAGGGCUCGUUUCCUGUACAAAGGUUUAAAACUAGUUUUGAGCCUUCUGUUUUACAAUGUUAGGUUUUUCUGUGGCUUUAUUUUCCAUUUAGGGUGUAUCAUUCGAAGCUGACAUUGAUCUCUUUGGCAUCUUGAUCGUUCAUUUUGUAAUUUUUUGUGAAGACGAUAAUGGUGGUCGGCUGUUAGUUUCAGAAUUUCAUUGUACAGAACUAAUUACUUGGGUCAAAAAUAAAAACUAUUAAUUAAUUUUUUUUUUUGUGGUGCACUGUUAUGCUUAGUCUAUUUCUUUCAAGCUAAGCAUUGUAGGCUGCCUAGAAAUUUGUUUUGAUGAAACCAUGGAGUAACUCAAAAGACUUGCCUAUGUGGCUUUCUCAGCACCAAUCUUUUGCUAAAACAGGAAUCGGCAACCCUGUCUUUUUUUUUAAUUAUUUGCUGUGACAGGAAUGGAUAUUUGUUCAUGGGAAAGUGAGUUGUAUCUGUAUUUUCAAUUCUUAGGGCACAGGUAUCACACGCUUUUAAGUUUUAAAAACAUCUAUCACCUGGCUGCAUCUUUUUGGGAACUUUCAACACGCACUGUCACGAGACUGACGUAGAUGUGUGGUUCAGGUCGGUACUUUCCCAAUUAUGAGUGUUGUCAAAAGUGUGUGACUUGUUUGCACAUGAUGUGACAUUCCAGUGGAACUUCACAUACUUGUGUGAAACUGUGUAGCCGUUUCUGAAAAGUUUAGCUUGGGUUGGAUGGGAAUCGCUUGUUCUGAACGGUGCCAUGGGCAAGUACGGAGGUCAUGCAUUGUGAAUCUGGUAUUCCGUCAGGAGACUGGUUUCGGCGUGUGCAUAAUUUUGGGUCAGACCCUUACACUCUGUCAUAGGUGUUCAUAGAAUUCAAUGCACUAUUUGCUUAUGGGUCACUCUUAUUAUUCUGUCAAUCCUGGAACAUGUUUGCACACUGUGAUCCCAAGCUUUAAGAAAUAUUUAAGUGUGUGCUAUGAGGGUGCAAUAAAUGUAGCCCUUCAGUCAGUCUAGUACUGCUGUCAAACAGCAGUUCAAAUAACAUUUAGCGAAAUGACAUUUGAGCAAUCGACGUAUCAGCUUACAAUCUUGGCUCUAAGCGUCUUGCGCGACACACACUGAUUUGCCGAUUCAUGGUAUUUGGCUAAAUGUCGUUUAGCGUUCGUAUGUGAUUGAGGUUUUAUUUUUAGGCGUGCUUUCUGUUGCUAACUCUUUGUGUAAAGGGCAUAUUUUUAUAUAUGUAAAGAUGCUUUUCUUUAUGUGUCUUGACACAGUUAGCUGUUGGUUAAUGGUGCUGGCACUUUAGCCCAAUGUCUUGUGUCAUAACCACCACCACCUGAAGGAUGUCGUGCUUCCCAAAUGUUAAGUGUGAGCUGUUCUGUGUCACUUUCUGUUCGCAGCUGACCUGCAAAAAUGACUCGUCUUUGUGCAUAUUACAUAAAAGCUUUUUAUGCUUUUCAUUUUUAUUUUGGAAGUUUAGCAUUGAAGAUGUUUUCUGAAACUUGCAAAGCAAGGGCUGCGGUUUCCUCGUUUAUUGUGGGAAACUGUCGUUGAAAACGGCAAUUAGAAAGGGUUGUUCAAAGCUAGUUUAAAUGAAAUGGUGGUAUCCCCUUUGUUCAUUGCCUGUUUUGUUUUAGUGUAUUAAUACCCUGUUGCAUCUUAUUUGUCAGGCAUAUUUAGGAUGAUGGAUAGUUUACUUGUGCAUGUUCACAUGUAUUGCUCUGUUCGUUUGCUUAUUCCAAGGGAUGAAAAUGGAUGUUGUGUGGCAUGCAGUCAGAAUUUGUAUUGUUUUCCCGAUGGUUUCACCCUGGAAUUUCACGACUGUAAGCUAACGCCUAGGCGAGCCCAAAGAAAUGCUGCUUCUGGCUUGUGCAUCGCUGUGAACUAUCCUAAAAAAAUAAAAAAUAAAAACGAAAAAAAAAAACUCCUUUGGAACCUUCCCACUUGGUUGCUGAUGGAAUAAAAUUUUUGCAGUUUCCACUU